CGCAGAGCGGAGCCGCCGCACGCAGGUGUUGGACCAGGAUCUGUUCUUUGGCACCGGAGCUGUCGGCUCUGCUGGGCAGGAAAAAUGUCAGACGGUUUCUCUUUAUCUGAUGCCUUGGCCAACAGCAACAACCCAGCCCCUUGUGCCAACCCAGCCCAGGGCUGGCCCUCCUGGGGGAACCAACCAGCAGCUCCUGGUGCAUUCCCAGGGUAUCCUGGAGCACCUGGAGCCUACCCUGGAGCACCUGGAGCCUACCCUGGAGCACCUGGAGCCUAUCCUGGAGCACCUGGAGCAUACCCUGGAGCACCUGGAGCCUGCCCUGGGGCACCUGGAGCCUAUCCUGGAGCACCUGGAGCUUAUCCUGGAGCACCUGGAGCUUAUCCUGGAGGCCCAGCAGGACCAGGAGCGUAUCCAGGAGCACCUGGAGCAUUCCCUGGACCACCAGCACCAACGGGGCCGUUUCCUGCCCCAGGACAACCACCCAACCAUCCUGGAUCUGGGCCUUCUGCUCCACAGGAAGGGCCAGCUCCUCCUCAGGGAGGACCAACUCCUCAUGGAGGACCAGUCCCUCCAAUGAAAGUCCCCUUUGAGCUGCCCCUGCAGGCAGGAGUCGUCCCUCGGCUGCUCAUCACCAUCACUGGCACUGUGAAGCCCAACCCAGACAGGUUUUCACUGGAUUUCAAGCGAGGGAAUGACAUUGCCUUCCACUUCAACCCCCGUUUCAAUGAAGACCACAAGAAAGUCAUCGUCUGCAAUUCUAAAUUCCAAGAUAUCUGGGGGAAGGAGGAGAGGACAGCUCCCAGGUUUCCAUUUGAAGCUGGAAGACCCUUCAAGCUCCAGAUCCUUUGUGAGACGGAUCACUUCAAGGUGGCUGUGAAUGAUGCUCACUUGCUGCAGUACAACUUCCGUGAGAGGAGGCUGAACGAGAUCACCAAGCUCUGCAUCGGGGGGGACAUCACCCUCACCAGCGUCCUGCCCGUCAUGAUAUAACUGGGAGGGAGCUCUGGGCAAACCCUCUGCUCUUUUAUGGUGUGACACAAGUGCCUUCUCACCACAUCACUGUGAGGUAAUAAAACAUUUAACCUGUAA